GACAAGGAAAAUGGAUACUAUAUUUUCUACUGUAUCCGGUCAGGGAAUCCCCUUGAUGGAAGUUACAAAAGUGCAGGAUGUAUGGCUUACACAUCAUUUAAGGUUAAAAAUGAUUGGCUGAGCCACAAAAUCAUUGUGCAGCGUACCAGCAAAGAACACAAUGGGCACAAUGCAACUUGCGAAAAAGAAGGACACUUUCAAACAGUGUGUCCAGAUUUGAUUAAACAGAUUGAGGAAUGGAUCUCGCUGGGUGUCAAGCCAGAUAUCAUUCUAUUGGAAGCCCACAAAUGGUCAAGGUCUCGUGGACACAAUGACUUGAACAACCGUCAGUACUUUGUUACUCCAAAGGACAUUGAGAGUAUUCGCACAUGUUUGCUACGCAGAAACCGUUUGGAUAAAGAUGAUGCUAUUAGUUCAGCACAAUUAUUAACUGGUCAGUGCAAGGACAAUGUAGUUUUUUUUCAGCCUUUUUCCCAUGAGAAGGAUCUUAUUAUUAUCCUUCAGACACCCAACAUGAAAGAAAAUCUAAACAGACAUGGAAAGAACAUUAUAUUUUUGGAUGCCACUCAUUGCGUCAACCAGUAUAAUUUUCCACUUUAUACACUGGCUAUAAGAGAUGACUAUGGCCAUGGAGUUCCAGUUGCCUUUAUUAUAACAAGCAGUGAGAAGGAGGCAACACUGGUGAUGGCUUUACAGCAGUUUAAAAGAGUGUGUCCUGCACCAAGGUGCUUUAUGGUGGACAAGGAUAUGUGUGAGAUUAAUGCUUUGCGGAAAGUCUUUUCUGAGUCAGACAUCCUUCUGUGCUGGUAUCAUGUCAUGCAAGCUGUCGUCCGUUGGCUUACAAAGACAGACUCUGGAGUCAGUGGAUCAUCAAAUAUCGAUGUUAGGACAGAAAUUGUUUCUUUCGUCAAAAAGAUGAAGCUUUGUACAACCGAACAUGAUUUUAAGUCAACUGCUGAGCAGUUCUUCACGAGGUUUGAAGAUUUCCCAGCUCUUUGCUCAUACUUCAGGGUUCACUGGCUGGAAAUAGGACACAUGUGGUCUGACUUUGGACGAUGUUACGACCAUGCUGCUUCUGAUACAAACAAUCUUGUUGAAAGUUUUUGGGUGGCAUUAGGAACCGUAGGCUGGAUGAUCUUAUCAAAAUUCUCCUUAAGAAGACGGAUGGAUACUUCCAGACCAUUCAAGAUUUGCAUGCAGUUGGAAGAAUGAAAAAUGCUUCUUUGAAGUCAGGACAAAUACUUGAAUCAGCAUCUAGAUUGAUUGAGAAAGGUUGGGAGAAGGACAUUCAGCUCAUAGACCACGACAUGUACAUUUAUGAAAUUCCAUCAGAACAAACCUCUGGUCUCUCCUACAAAGUUUGUCCUUCUGAAAGUUUUUGUAGUUGCCCAAUGGGAAUCAGAGGACAUCGCUGUAAA